UGCUGAAUAAAGGGAUGUGUUUGUUUUUCUCUUAUCAGGGAGCUUGAAGARAAAGGUKUGUCAAGAUGKCGCAAGGCGGCGGYGCAUCRGGUGGUCCCARGAAGGGYCUSACGYUCGAUGACCUYAUUGCGGCCAUUGACCGGCAUGAAAGGAACCCGAGCAAUAUCCCUAAAGUCGAUACCUUCCACUUUUGUGGGGAAAGAGUCUCGGAAUGGCUGGAACAGGUGGAACAAACUUUGGUCGGGCGGUCGGACGUGGUAAAAUUUCAACGCAUUCUUCAGUAUGUCCUCCACAGCUACCACCAGGAAGGGAAUAAAGUCAUAGAUGCGGCCCAAGGUAGCUGGGAGAGGUUCAAGGAGGGGAUGCAAAGGAAAUACCGCCUGGGAGACGGGCUAUUGACUACCGCGGACCUUGAGUCUAUGAACAAAGAGGAUUUUACGACGAUAGGGGCCUUUGUUCAAAAAUUUAAGAAGAGGGCGUGGAAGGUCCAUGGGGUUUCGGAGGAAGCACAAUGUGCCAUCUUCCUGGGGCUACUCACGGCAUCGGAGGCCGUCGAGUUGACGAGGCAUGGAGGAGGUAGCAUCAAGCUCACCUGGGCCACCAUUGACAGAGGGGUGGAAGUUGGGUGUUUGGACCAGGUGGAGCAACGUCAGGUACGCCUGCAAAGGCAGAAGAGAAAGGAAAGAGAUGCGACCGCUUCUGGGACCCCGGGGGUAACAAGGAUUGUUACAGACGUAUUGGCACAGCUGGGGUAUGCGACAAAGCCGGUGGUGCAAAGGAGGGUAAUAACGGUUGUCCAAGUGAAAGGAAAGGAGCCGGUGAUAGAGGAGGCUGUUCAGGAGGAGCUCUGGGAAGAGGAAGAGCUUGUGCCGCAGCCCCUGACGAAGGCCCAACGCAAAGUGCGUAACUUGGCGCAGGGCGGACAGGGAUCAGGAAAAGCGGAGGCGCCUCAGGCCUUGACAGCAACCCCUUUAAAUGUGGCGGCUCCAUCAUCUAUUCAUAGGGAAGCGUGGCUGGAGGUGGGAACCAAGGGCAGGGCAAUCAAGGCAACGGAGGGAGGGGUGGAGGAACGGGGCGAGGCAGGAAUGGUGGCGGAAGAGGAAGGCAAUGGAAUGGUCAAGGCCAAGGGAAUCAAGGCCAAGGGUAUCAAGGUCAGGGGUACCAAGGCCAGGGGAAUCAAGGUCAGGGGUAUCAAGGAAAGCCUCGACCAGUCAGGCUCGUUGAACCCGGCAGGGAAUGUGGACGAAGUGCCCGAGAGCCAGGACGACGAGUUCGAGGAGGGGGAGAUUAAGGAGGCUUUUCGUGCAGAGGAGUACGACGGGAUCUACCUAGAGUUGGGGCUUCUUCUGUCCUGCGAAAUGCGGCUAAGGGAUGCGAGCGAUAGGGCUCAGAGGAUGCUGCAGCGCUACUUAGUGCGAGAUGGCCACCUUUUUGUGAGAAGAGAAGUGGAGAAUCCCAGGAGGGUCGUCUGCGGUAGGAAUCGUCAGGUCGACGUCGUAGCAGCGCUUCACGAUGGCAUUGCAGGAGGGCAUCGAGGGGUACAAGCCACGUAUGCCAAAAUAAGUGAGUUGUACUACUGGGAUGAGAUGAUGGAUAUGGUCAGGAAGUUUUGCCGAUCCUGCGUACCCUGUCAGGAGAGAUCCCGUUUAAGGCAAGGAGAGCCGCUGCAUCCAAGUCUAGAGCGAGAGGUGGGGGUUUUAGUGCAUCUCGAUCUGCUUUUUAUGCCGCUUGGGGAUCAGGGCUAUAACUACAUCUUCGAUGCGCGCAAUAACCUGUCCGGCUUCGUAGACGGGCGCGCUAUUCACACAAAGACCGGGUUUGUCCCGGUGAGCUGCAUCGAGGAGUAUUACCUACGCUAUCCUUUCGUCAGGGAAUUCGUAAUGGACAGGGGAUCGGAGUAUACCUGCCAGGAGGUGCAAAAACUGUUAUCAAGACAUCUAGCAGCUUAUGACCUAGAGCACCCAGACCUGGAGGAGCCAGCACCUGCAGAGCCGCGCCAGGAGCCGUGCCAGCCUGAGAAGGAGAUGGAAGCAGAAAUCCCAAAGAGGGUCGACCUCCGCACAAGGAAAAGGACGUCAGCUGGAGAGACGGCUGAAGAAAAGAGGGCGAGAAGAACCAGGCGGAUAGAUGAGCUAUGGCAAGAGAGGCAGAGGUUGGAGGCAGCGGGGGAGCUUCCGGAGCAGCAGCAGGAGAGGCAGAGGUCGGAGGCAGCGGGAGCACUCCCAGGUCAGCCUCCCUGCGCGCCAGCUAGGGCCCCGGAGAUCCCAGAGAUGUGGAGGGACUUCUGGGAGCAGAGAGGAGAGGAGGUUCCUUCGCCAGUCAGGGCCGGGUUUGGGGUGGCAAGGAAGGCAGAAGAGAGGUUAGAUCGCAAGAUCAAGUUCCUGGCCAAGAUAACUUUUGACCGACACUUGUUAUUGGCGGGCGAUCUGGCAGGGAAGAAGAUAAAGGAAGCAAGCCAUGGAGUACGCCUGGAGGCUAUGGAGAUGGAAAUCCAGGAACUCAGGGCUUUGGUGGCCAGCCAGGCAGCUAUCAUUGAGAACCUGAGGCAGCAAACCCAGGGAAAGGUGGACAAGCUAGAGAGCAGCAGGCAGGGAGAGCAGAGGCAGCCAAGACAUGGGUUGCCAGGACAACCAUCUGCAACAGAGCCUCGCCAGGAGCCACCUAUGAGGAGAGUUAUCCUGGAGUCAGAGGAGGUGAGAGCCCAAAGACAGGCGGAGAGAGAGGCGUUCGAGUUCAGAGCCCCUACCGAGCUUGCGACGCUGCCAGUAGCAGCGGCGGGCCCAGUCGUACCUUUGGCAGUUGAGGAGGGGCUAGCACCAUCUAGCAGUGAGCCGGCUCAGGGCUCUGCAGAGGGAUCCAUGGGCGUGCUUCUUGAGGCGGUGCAUACUAUGCAGGAGGAGGUGAGUUUGUUUUCACCCGAGCAGAGGAUAGAGAAGCCUCUUGAGAGAGAGAUGGGGAUUGAGGCAGAGGGUGCCAUCGAGGGCGGGCUCCAGAGGAUGGACACGCCUGAGUAUGGGCCGGAGGAGAUUGAGGAGCAGCCCAUGGCAGUGCCAGGAGAGACACUCGAGAGGAGACCUUAGAGGUUGGACACGCCUGAGUACGUCCCAGCGACAGGGGAUUUGAGGAGCAGACCGGAACCUUGCGCUACCGGAUCUAGGUCUA